AUGUAUAUUUUUCCCAUUUCACGUACUUCACGAAGCUGUCGCUUGUUUUGCCACCUCACUUUAAAGAGACACUCGUCCUCGAAAAGAUGGCAGGCCCGCCAGCUCAAGGAUCACUUUACAAAAGAAGCUGUAGUUCAAGGCUUGAAAAGUCGCGCAGCAUUCAAGCUUCUCCAAAUUGAUGAUAAAUACCGCGUGUUCCAAAGCGGACAGACUGUCGUUGACCUUGGAUAUGCUCCUGGCUCGUGGUCCCAGGUAGCAGUGGCUCGAACUGAACCCGAUGGCAGGGUUUUAGGUGUUGAUAUCAUCCCAGCUCAGCCCCCCAAGGGGGUUUCUACGAUCCAGGGCAAUUUUCUCAACCCAGAAGUUCAGGAUUAUGUCCGCAAUUUCGUACGUGACCCUAGCAGAGGCAAACCACGUGUCAUCAGCCCAGGCAGUGACGAUCAGCUCGGAUUCGACCGAGAGAUGCCUAAGGGAAUUGCACAGGUGUCCACAGAAAACAGUGCAGGGGAUAAAGCCAUUGAACGAACAGUUGAUGUGGUCUUAAGCGAUAUGUCUGCUCCCUGGCACCAAACUACUGGGUUUGGAAAGAGAAGUCUAAGUGAUCCCUACAACAGGAUGAUGAAUACGAGCGGUAUAAGCUUCAAAGACCACGUUGGCAGUAUGGAUCUAUGCCAUGCCGCUUUGCAGUUCAGUCGUGAGGUUCUCCGAACAGGUGGCCAUUUCAUCUGCAAAUAUUACCAAGGGGCUGAAGAAAAAGAAUUUGAGAGACAGCUUAGAGAUCUUUUUCAAAAGGUUCACAGGCACAAGCCCGAAUCCUCGCGUGAUGAGUCGAAAGAAUCAUACUUUAUUGGUAUCAGUCGAAAAUAG